AUGCCAAGUCUGGACAAGUCCGACUUAAUACCAAGCGAUGAGAUCUCCUAUCAGCGAGUAGAAACCCCUCGCGCCACUGGGCUCGACAUCAAAGCCAAAAAAGAUGGCACCAGCAGCGAGUCCGACAGCUUGGAGCCCAAACUCCUGGACGAGGUCAUGAAUGGUGGUCCCACUCCCUUCAAGUUAGCAAGUUUGUACCGCUACGCCACACCUUUCGACAAAGUUCUGCUAGGAGUCGGGAUUGUUGCGACGGGGGCCAACGGUGCGUUGUUCCCGCUUUUGGCCAUUGUGUUUGGCGACGUAUUGUCGCAUUUUGCAUCGACACCCGUGGAUAUGGACAAGGUCAACAGUGCAGCGCUAGAUUAUCUGUAUAUCGCCGUCUUCAUGUUCAUCACGGACUACAUUUCGUACGUGGCAUUCUACUACAGCGCAGAGAGACAGAUGAAAAUAUUGAGAAGUGAAGCCUUGAAAUACAUGCUGUACAUGGACAUCAGCUGGUACGACGAGAACGACGCCCUGCAACUAUCGAGUCACUUGACUGGUGAUACAACGAUGCGAAUCAAGUCAGACUGGGCACAAAAGGUGUACGCUGAGGCUGGCUCGGUCGAAGAGGAGACGCUGGGGUCGAUUCGGACAGUGGCGUCGUUGAAUGGCGAACAUAAAGCCAUCACCAAGUUCGAGAACAAGGUGUUUGAAGCGGAAAAGGAAAAUAUCGCACUACACAAGAUGUCAUCCGCUGUGUUUGCCUUGUUCUUGGCCAGUAUUUGGGUUAUGUACUCAAUUGGCCUUUGGUACGGAGGCUGGAAGGCUUCGAAAGGUGACACGACACCCGGAGAUGUGUUUGCUGCGUUCUUCGCUGUCAUGAUGGGUACAGGUGCACUUGCACAGAUUUCUCCUAAUGUUACGGCGGUGUCCAAAGCUGCUGGUGCUGCAGAAGAGUUGUUUGCCAUCUUGGACACUGCGAGUGCUAUUAACGCCGAGAAGGAAGGCGAAGGAAUCAUCCCUGACAAGUGUGAAGGCAAAAUUGAGGCGGUGAAUGUCAAUUUUACGUACUUGAGUCGUCCUGACGCCCAGAUCCUGCGGGACUACAAUGUGACUAUCGAACCGGGUCAAACGGUGGCAUUUGCUGGUGCUAGUGGGGGUGGGAAGAGUACGUUGAUUGCGUUGAUUGAGAGAUUCUACGACCCCACGAGUGGCACGAUCUACCUUGAUGGUCGAGAUGUCAAGACGCUGAACGUCAAGUGGCUACGUUCACAGAUCGGUAUGGUCUCUCAGGAGCCGGUGCUAUUCGCGACGUCCAUCUUCGAGAACAUCGCUAUGGGUGGCGACAACGUGACUCGUGAAGAAGCCAUAGAAGCGUGCAAGCUGUCGAACGCACACAACUUCAUCAUGUCGUUACCGGAGAACUACGAUACGCUGGUUGGAGAGAAGGGUGUGUCUCUUUCUGGCGGUCAGAAGCAACGUGUAGCCAUCGCUCGUGCUAUCGUACGUAAGCCGAAUAUUUUAGUGUUGGAUGAGGCCACGAGUGCUCUAGACACCGAGAGUGAGAAGAUCGUUCAGGCGGCAUUGAACAAUCUGAUGGCCACGACGAACAUGACGACGCUGGUGAUCGCUCACCGAUUAAGUACGGUUCGAAGCGCUGACAAGAUCGUCGUGCUGAACGAGGGUCACAUCGUGGAGAGCGGCACUCAUGAUGAGCUACUGAAGAUCGAGCACGGUAUUUAUCAGAAACUGUACCUUAUCCAGGAGCUGCGUUCACUAGAAGAACACAGAACCUACAGAUCCUACCUCAGCGACUUGUACGACAACGUAGAGUUGUACGGUAUCUUGUAUCUCGUUGGCGCUGCUGUGAUCGCGAUCUUCAUGUACAUGCAGACUUACUGCUUUAAGUUUAUCGAGGAAAAGACGACGACGCGUCUCCGUAACACGAACUUCGAGAGUCUCUGUCGACAGAACGUUGGGUUCUUCGAUGAAAAAGAGAACGCGACCGGUGCGCUGACGGCUGACCUCGCCACGAACGCCACCAAGGUUGCAUUACUGUCCGGUGACUCGCAAGCUCGUGUGUUCCAAGCCAUCUUCACGUUGAUCGCGGCUUUGGUGAUCUCGUUUGGCUUCGGGAGCUGGCUAUUGUCUCUCAUCAUGUUGGCUAUUAUGCCGUUCUUGCUGUUUGGGCAUAUCGCUCGUAUGAAGCAAAUGCAAGGCGGAGGUUUAAUCUCGGACGAUUUGGCCAUCCCAGGCGCCCAUGCGUCCGAGGUUCUCAGCAAUAUUCGAACUGUUGCUGCUCUGGGGAUUGAAAAGAGAUCUGCUGACGUUUUCGAUGAGUUACUGGAAGAACCGCUCCAGAAAGGCAGCAAGGAGGCGCAGAUUAAUGGCGCAUCGCUUGGUUUCAGCUCGUUCAUUAUGAUGGCGACGUACUCACUCAUCUUCUGGUUUGGAGCCAAGAAGGUGAAUGACGGAUCGGUUGGAUUUACGGAGAUGAUGCGAACUCUCAUGGCAAUUAUGAUGUCAGUUCAAAUUGUCAGUGGUGCCUCGUCCUUUAUGGGGGAUGCACCGAAGGCGUUCAAGGCCGGAUCGACUAUCUUUGCUAUCCGUGACCGAGUUACUCCGAUCGAUUCUUUUGAUCCAGAUGGGCUUCGUCUGCCUAAGGUCGAAGGGCGUUUGGAGUUCAAGGACAUCUCGUUCCGGUACCCGACGCGUCCGGAGAUCAACGUGCUUAAGCACUACACCCUCACUAUCGAGGCAGGUCAGACUGUGGCGUUCUGUGGACCCAGUGGCGGCGGCAAGAGUACUAUUAUUUCGCUCAUCGAGCGCUUCUACGACCCUGUGGUGGGUGAAGUUCUAUUGGACGGCCACAAUAUUAAGGACCUGAACUUGGGUUGGCUACGUAGUCAGAUUGGACUGGUGGGUCAGGAGCCCACGCUCUUCAUUGGAACCAUCGCUGAGAACAUCGCGUACGGCUUGGCAGAGCAGCCGAGUCAGCAACAGAUCGAAGAAGCUGCCAAGAUGGCCAACGCGCACGACUUCAUCACGCAGUUCCCGGCCGGCUACGCCACUCAGGUAGGGAUGAAGGGGGAGCAGUUGUCGGGAGGGCAGAAGCAGCGUAUUGCCAUUGCUCGAGCUAUUUUGAAGAACCCGAACGUCUUAUUGCUGGAUGAAGCCACGAGCGCGCUGGAUUCGGAGAGCGAAAAGGUGGUACAGGAAGCGCUGGACAAGGUGGUGGCGUUGAAGCGACGGACAACUAUCGUCAUUGCUCAUCGGUUGUCGACGAUUCGCCGCGCUGACAAGAUUUGUGUCGUGAGCGGUGGCAAGAUCGCGGAGCAGGGCACACACCAGGAGUUGUUGCAGCUGAAUGGGAUCUACGCUGGUCUCGUGGAGUCUGCGUCGAUGUGA